AUGGAGAAGAGAGCUAUAUUUGUGUACUGCCUUGCACACUGUUUAAAUCUAACGCUACAAGACACUGUGAAAGCAGUUCCAGAAUGUCGAAAUGUAUUGAAUGUUAUGAAGGACUUAAUACAUUUUGUGAGAGAUUCACCUAAAAGAUUAGAUCUUUUUGCUCACCUGAAUGCAGAUGCCUCUAUAAAUUUGAAAGCACUCUGUCCUACAAGGUGGGCCGUAAGAUACUUGUCAAUGUCUUCAGUUUUUUCCAACUAUACAGAACUUCAGGAAUUUUUUAUAAAUGUCUCAAGAAAUGACAAUUCAGACACUGGGGCCAAAGCAAAUGGCUUUUUGAUUAAUAUGCAGACAUAUGAUUUCUUUUUCAUGUUAUCACUUUUGGUAAAACUGUUUGGUCACGUUGAUACCGUAAACAUAGCACUACAGAGGAAAUCCCUACACUCAAAGGAGGCCAAUAAGAUGAUUUCCACUCUUGUAACUUCUAUUAAAUUUAUGAGAAACAAUUUUGAAUCAUUCUGGGGUGAAGUAACUUCAAAAUGUCAAGAUAUGGAUGUUGAUUCCCCAAAAUUACCCCAUAGAAGAAUAGUCCCUAAGAAAUACGAUGACUCCAUCAAUUCAUCUGUAGAAACAUUCACUGAAGUAUGUGACAAAUGUAGAAGAUUGUAUUAUGAAACAAUGGAUACAUCCAUCAGCUUCUUGGAAUCACAGUUCAAAACUCAAUCAUUCACGUUUGUAAAUCAAAUUGAACAAUUUCUUCUUCGUGAUAACAAACAUUCAUUUGAUAUUUUAUCUUUCUACGAAUCAGAUAUAGACAAAGAACACUUGCUUCUCCACCGAAGCAUGUUUCAUGAGAUUCUCCAAAGUAGUGAUUCUGCGAAUAUUAGUUCGUUGGAUGACAGUGAAAUAUCUAAAACAGGAAAACCACCUGUUUGGCCUACUGCCUGA